CUUCCCUCGCGAAAAACGUCGUAGAGAGGCGAAAACCAUGGCGGCGGUACUACUGGCGAAGUUGUGCUUUCGCUGUGUCGUACGCUUUUCCGACCGAGAGUACAUGCGCUGAAGGAAAGAAACCGACAGGAUUUUACGGGGAAAAAAAUGAAUCACUGUGGUGAAUCUAGUGACGACACGGAUGAAGGAGAUGAUCAAGAAGCGUCUUCUUUGCAAGGAAAGAAUUUUGAAGAUGCUUUGACAUCCUUCAGAGAACAGUGGCAGCGCGAGUUGACAAUAUCACCUAAGCAUGAUGCAUCAAGGACACCAAAACAGCCUAGCAUGGAAGUUGCAAGUGAUGAAGCCUCUAUUGAAAGCAAGGCAAAAAAUUUAUUUCUCAAAGGCAUUGAACAUGAACAAAGCAGAAAAUUUUAUGAGGCAAUUCAGUUUUAUAAGCGCGCAGUACAACUUGUUCCUGAUAUUGAAGUUCGUUUAUACGAGUCAACGAAAGCAAAAGCAAGAGAUAAGUACGAUGCGGAUGACAGUCUUGAUACGUUAGACAAUGAUCUCUCAGCAAAUAAUGACAAUGAAAACUAUAAUGAAGCUGAUGAGGAAGAAACUGAUUUGUUUUUAAAGUUGUCUAAAAUUGUGAAUCCCAAUCGUGUAUGCUAUCCAAAAUUUGAACAAAGUACAACACAUUUAUCUGCGUUGCCAAUGGAGAUAGUACUUUUUAUCUUAAAAUGGGUUGUGUCUUCGGAGCUAGAUUUCCGAUCGUUGGAGAUGUUCUCAAGAGUAUGCCGCGGAUUUUACAUAACCGCGCGAGACAAGGAGAUUUGGCGACUGGCAUGCGUUAGGGUAUGGGGUGUGAAUUGCGGUACUUGUGAGCCAUUGUAUCAAUCGUGGAGAGACAUGUAUUUGCACCGGCCUAGAUUAAGAUAUAACGGAUGUUACAUCAGUAAAACAAGUUAUAUUCGCGAUGGAGAAAAUAAUUUUCAGGAUCGUUUUUAUCGACCGUGGCAUCUGGUCGAAUAUUACCGAUACUUUAGAUUUUUUCCCGAGGGAAGAGUUUUAAUGUUAACAUCGACUGAUGAGGCUCAAAGUUGCGUAAAUUCCUUACGAAAUCGCGUACCUCGCAAUCCGUCAGUUCUGAUUGGUCACUAUCGAUUACACGACAAUUGUGUUACACUUAUGUUGAAAAAGCAAGAAACUAAAGGAGUCAAUUUUGCCUAUAGACGAAAAAAAAGAGAGCCGGUACAUGAUAGUGGCGAACAAACGUUCCACAUCGAAUUUGAGAUACAGAACCAUCACAGAAGAGUAAACUCGCAAUUAAGAUGGAUAAGUUAUAGUAUUUUCACGAAAUAUAAAAACGGAGUGGAAGCAAAAAUUUGGUUGAAGGAACCAUCUGUAAGAGAAUUCAGAGUGUCGCCGAUUGGCGGCAGAUAUCCACCUCUUAAAUUUAGCAGGGUAAAAAGUUACACUCAGGAAAGCGAGGCUCCGUUGCAGUAAUGAGAAUGGUAAAAAAGAAACAAGUUAUGAACCCUAAGAGUACAAUGUUAAAUUAUUCUUGCAGAAGAAAAUAGGGAUAUGCAGCGUAUUGUCAGUACAUUGCAAAACUAUAACGUAAAGAUAAACGUGUGCAAAAAUCUAAUUUUAAUUAAAUAUCUACGUUUAUAUACACUGUUUUGAAUCAAGUAAGUAAAAAUACAUAUUUUUGAAGAUAUUUUAUUUCUCAUAUCACGCUGUAUUCUAUAACAGUUUCUAUUAGUACGUUACACAAUCUGUGUAUCACACAACUACUCUUUGAAAUAUAUUUAUUGUGUCGAUGACAACGCAUCAAUCACAUUGUGGUGUAAAUAAAUUAUUUAUAGAUCUAAUAUAAUUAUUUAAGCACUGAUAUAUAGUGCCUUAUGUUAUUUCGAGAUGAGUUGUAUGCUUAAGAACCUAACAAAGUAUGUAUUUGAGAAUGUAAUUAUAUGUUUUCUGUGUUAAUAA